CAUACUGCACUCCGUACAUACUGUGACUGCAGUCAAUCAGAUUCGUCGCUUCUAUCAGAUUGCCCAAUAAUCCUCGGCCGAUUACAGUAGAAUAAGAUUCUUCCAUUGCUCUCUUAUCGCCUCCAGCAAUAACCCGUCUGUGCGAUUCGGCACCCUCCACCUCAGAUCCUCUACUCCACUGUGGGGUGAAGUCCCUGUUCUUGAUCUGAGAUUAACGAAUGCUGUGCGCAUGUCGACCAUUCGCUCUAUCGGUCCCUCGCGAACCCCUAUAGCGGCGGCGAUGCUCUGUCCGAAUCGGCGUCCAUGAAAACCGCCUAACCCACCACCUACCUACCUUAGUCGACGAAGCAUGACCAUUUCUGGUCUCACUCGUCCCCCUGCACGCGCACUGCCAGAUACAUAACAUGGAAGUCUCCUUGUACACAAUGCAGGAUUCCCAGACACCCAAGGACCCUCGGGCGGCCGGCAAGGCAAAGGACACAAGCGCGGAAGAUAAAAGUCCAGCGUCCAAGAGACGUUGCGUCAGUACUGCUUGCAUUGCUUGUCGCCGGAGAAAAUCAAAAUGUGACGGGAACCUUCCAAGCUGCGCGGCCUGCUCCUCCGUCUAUCACACGACCUGCAUUUACGAUCCCAACUCCGAUCAUCGUCGAAAAGGUGUGUAUAGAAAGGACAAUGGCACUGUACGAACGGCUCGGAAUACAACGCUGCAAACUAUCAUCCAGGCAAUUUUGAAUUACGGAGAUGAAGAGGAGGCCUUUGAGCUGGUGCGACAGAUACGGUCAUGCGACAAUCUGGAAGACGUAGCAGAAUCGAUUGUGAAUCAGGAGAAAGGACUCGCAACGUCUGCUAAUGCUGGGCCUGUCCACGAGGAUCUCACACAUGUAGAUCGGUUCGAGUCUGAAUUAGCGGACAAGGUCAGCGAGCUGAUGUUGGACGGUUCUCGUAAAUUUAUUGGAGGGACUUCGAACCUCAUCUUCCUACCACCAGGGUCAGAGCUCUCCGAACUCGAUUCCGCCAAUGAACCUGGACAUGGCGAUUUCGCGGUUGUCCAAUGGACGAAUGUCACCAAUGAUGAGCAGCUUAUCAGCCACCUUAUGACAAUGUACUUUACAUGGCAUUACCCCUUCUUCACAACCCUCUCCAAAGACCUGUUUUACCGAGACUAUGUUCGAGGGAUAUCCAGUCAAUAUUGCUCUUCCCUGUUGGUCAAUGCCAUCUUGGCGUUGGGGUGUCAUUUCAGCUCCCGAGAAGGCGCUUUGCAGGAUUCCCGCAAUUCGUCAACGGCAGGAGACCACUUCUUCAAGGAAGCAAAGAGAUUGGUUUUGACCAACGACGAGCACGAGAAUGCGAAACUCUGCACUGUUCAAGCGCUGGCGCUCAUGUCGGUCCGGGAAGCUGGCUGUGGCCGUGAAGGCAAAGGCUGGAUUUACAGCGGCAUGAGCUUCCGGAUGGCUUUCGAUUUGGGCCUGAACCUUGAUGUCACGAGCCAGGGCACACACAAUCUUGAAGAUGAAGAAAUUGACGCGCGACGGAUCACAUUUUGGGGCUGCUAUCUCUUUGACAAGUGUUGGUCUAAUUACUUGGGUCGCCAGCCGCAGCUGACAACAUCCAAUUGCAACGUACCGAAAAUCGAUGUGCUUCCCAACGAAGAAGCAGAGCUUUGGUCUCCAUACACGGAUGCCGGAGUGAAUCACGAACACACGCAGCCCUCGCGUACACGGAACGUUGCAUUGCAGAUCUCCAAGCUGAGUGAAAUUAGUGGUGACUUGCUCAUUUUCUUCUAUCUCCCACCAUCCGCAGAAAAGCCACCCUCUAAACAACUGGAACUCAAGAAACUCAGCGAGGUCCAUACUCGUCUUGAGGCGUGGAAGAAGGGGUUGCCUCAUGAAUUGGAACCUAAAGAGGGACAGCUCCCUCAGGUUCUAGUGAUGCACAUGUUCUAUCAAGUCCUUCUAAUCCAUUUAUACCGCCCCUUCUUGAAAUACACCAGGUCGACUUCGCCACUUCCUCAACACGUCUCGCCGCGUAGACUAUGCACACAAGCUGCUUCUGCCAUCUCGAAGCUACUUCGGAUAUACAAGCGUACAUUUGGCUUCCAACAAAUCUGCAAUAUUGCUGUCUACAUUGCACACACCGCCUGUACUAUCCAUCUUCUGAACCUGCCAGAGAAAAACGCACAGAGGGACAUAACCCACGGGCUCCGGAAUUUGGAAGAAAUGGCUGAGGGCUGGCUUUGCGCACGACGCACCCUUCGCAUUCUGGACAUAUCUGCCAAUAAGUGGCAAGCUUUAUUGCCGCAGGAGGCGUCUAUCAUUUUCGAACGUACACAUGCCAAAUGGGGAUCCUGGGGAUCCUGGGAUCAACCAACCUCCCCGUCCUCUAUUUCGGAGGAAUCACCACCAGCGGCAACGCCUCCUCGUAUGCCCACCGCUAGUGCCAACUCGCCAUCGUUGCAUCCCGCACUUUCUCAGCAAAGCAACUUCCAGUCUAUCUCCGCAGGCUUGGCUAUGCCCAUGACAUCUCAGUAUCAACAAGGAAACCCCAUCCCUACGUCGGUCCCCGCUACGCAGCCGCCAAGUCGCCCUGUUAGUAUUCAGCGCCAAAAGCCCGAUAACCAGUUCGUACCAGAACCAACUUAUCUACGGCCUGUAUCCCACCUUUUCCACCCUGUUCAAGCCUUUCCUUUCACGCAGCAUGAUUCGUGGUACGAUGCCAAUCAAAUGGAUAAUCAACAAACAAGCCCAUCUUCUGGUACAGAUGCAUCCCCACUAACUGGCGGUUUCAGUUCUACAGCGAACCUCGUGGAGGAAAGCCAGGACUGGUGGACCCGCAAUUAUAUGGGAAUGGGUAAUUGGGAGGAAGCAUGGAGUGGAAUUCCUGGCUCUGCGGCAUCCCCGCUAUCCUCUCAUAUGCAGGCAUCGGCUGGGAAUAGCGGUGAAGUACCGUCUCAGCCGAUGGAGUUUCCUGUUGCGGUGCCUACGCCUGAAUCGGGCCAAGGUCCGAACCCACUUGUUUAUGGGAAUAUGGGGUUUACGCAAAACUUUCAGCCAUGAUACUGCCAGUAAUGAUAAUAUAUAUAUAUAUCCUAUAUACCUUGUUUAUACGCUGUCUUUCUUCAAUCUAUAUUUUAAGGUGAUUGUGAUAAUUCCAGAUGGCCUAUUAGACUUAUCCUCGACUCUAGCCAAGCCC